ACCACAGCGCCUUUGUGUGGAGUGUAAGGGCAGCUGUAAAAAGGCUUGGAUCUAUCUGAAUUCAUUCAGGCAGCCUGUACGCUCUACAACGAAUCAUGGCGAAGAAACGGAAAGGACGAGUUGUUAUUGAUUCUGACUCUGAAGACAGCGCAAGCGACGACAAUCUUGACCAGGAGCUGCUGUCGUUGGCAAAGAGGAAGCGGGCUGAUUCGGAGGAACAGGAGGAGCCAGUCAGCAAACCAUCAGCAUCAACAGACUCGGAGACCUCAGACAGUGAUGAUGAGUGGACUGUGGGAGGCACAAAGGCCAAGAAGAAAGUUAAGCCAGGGAAAGGAGGGGAAAAGAAAGGAGCAACAAAGAAACGAGUUCACAAAACCGCAUCAUCUGGCAGUUCAGAUGGAGACAGUUCAGCUGAGAGUUCUGCUCCAGAGGAAGGUGAAGUUUCAGACUCUGACAGUAACAGUUCGUCCUCCAGUUCGGAAUCUGAGUCCUCCUCAGAGGAUGAGGAGUUUCACGACGGUUACGGAGAGGACCUGAUGGGAGAUGCAGAGGACCGGGAACGUUUGGAACAGAUGACUGAGAAAGAAAGGGAGCAGGAGCUGUUCAACAGAAUUGAGAAGAGAGAGGUGCUCAAGAGGAGGUUUGAAAUCAAGAAGAAACUGAAAACGGCAAAGAAAAAAGAGAAGAAAGAAAAGAAGAAAAAACAGGACGAGGAGCAGCAGGAGAAGAAGAAGCUGUCUCAGAUUCAAGACACUCAAGUGGUGAUGUCACACAAUAAAGAGCGGAGAUCUAAGCGGGAUGAGAAACUGGAUAAGAAAUCACAAGCCAUGGAAGAGCUAAAGGCUGAAAGAGAGAAAAAGAAAAACAGAACAGUUGAACUUUUGUCGAAGAAGCAGCCCCUUAAAACAAGUGAGGUUUACUCUGAUGAUGAAGAGGAAGAGGAUGACGAUAAGUCCAGUGUGAAGAGCGAUCGAUCCUCAAGGUCGUCCUCAUCCGAUGAGGAAGAAGAGAAAGAAGAGACCCCACCUAAAUCUCAACCAGUUUCCCUCCCAGAUGAGCUGAACAGAAUCAGGCUAUCCCGCCAUAAACUGGAGCGUUGGUGUCACAUGCCAUUCUUUGCAAAGACAGUAACAGGCUGCUUCGUAAGGAUAGGCAUUGGAAACAGUAGCAGCAAACCAGUAUACAGGGUUGCUGAAAUUGUUGAUGUUGUAGAAACAGCAAAAGUUUACCAGCUAGGAACCACCAGGACAAAUAAAGGUCUACAGUUACGGCAUGGCAAUGAUACACGAGUGUUCCGGCUGGAGUUUGUCUCAAACCAGGAAUUUACAGAGAAUGAGUUCAUGAAAUGGAAAGAGGCGAUGAUAAUUGCAGGAAUGCAGGUCCCCAAUUUGGAUGAAAUCACCAAAAAGGAACAUGCCAUUAAGGAAGCAGUCAACCACAAAUUCAAUGAUAAGGACAUUGAAGAUAUUGUAAAAGAGAAAGAUAGGUUUCGUAAGGGACCUGCAAAUUAUGCCAUGAAGAAAACCCAGCUUCUAAAGGAGAAGGCCAUGGCAGAAGAGUCUGCAGAUGCUGAAAAAGUGAAGCGGAUUCAGAAUGAGCUGGAAGAGCUGGAGGAGAGAGCAGAGGCCCUGGACAGGCAGAGAACCAAAAAUAUAUCUGCCAUCAGUUACAUUAACCAAAGGAAUAGAAGCUGGAACAUUGUUGAGUCUGAGAAGGCACUUGUGCUUGAGGGACAAAAUGCAAAGAACCAACAGAUGGAUCCCUUCACAAGACGUCAGUGCAAACCAACCAUGGUGUCCAAUGCCAGAGAUCCUUCUGUUCAUGCUGCUAUUCUUGCUCAUCUGAACCAGAAAUAUGGCUCUGAUUCCACACCAGACAGCACUCAAGAAACCAGUAAAAUGGGUCUCGGUUGUAAGGAUAAAGAUGUUGCCAAAACCAGUAGUGACCUAUCUGAGGAUCUUUUCAAAGUUCAUGAUUUUGACGUCAAGAUUGACCUUCAGGUUCCAAACACAGAAGCUAAAUCCUUGUCUGUGAGUUCCAACAUACCACAAGUAAAGCAUGGUGCACCAAGGAGGUCACUCAAUUUGGAGGAUUACAAGAAGAGGAGGGGGCUGAUCUGAGCCUGAACAGUCUGCAGUUUACCUUGCAUGUGUUGGUCAUUGGGCUGGGACCUCAGUCAUACAUUGUGGACUACAUCAUGGACUUUCUGUCCACCUGGGAGAGAACAGACUCUUGUUGAUGUAAAGGAUACACCUGUGCUUUUUUAUUUUUUUUUUAAUAUAGAAAAAAUGUCUAUUUGCAUACUUUGUGCAGAGUUGCACUUUUUUUUUUUUUUUUUUUUUGGUCCUUGCAUUGUUUCUGUAUUGCAUAGCACAGUACAUCAAAAUUGACCAACGAAACACCUCCAACUUCACAGAAGUAAUGUUUUAAGGUUUAACCAAGAACCUGUUUUAAAUGGAAGUCAAGUGGUCUAACUUAGAAUGUGAUAGGUAUGUUUUUAUGUGUCAUUUCUUUGUUGGAUUCUUGCCUACAGCACCUUCUUGCUGUAAAAAAAAAAAAAAAAAAACCUGCAUUAUGGAUACUAGAUGUCAAUUGUAGCACCCAACAGAACUGCUUGAACAUCCUGAUUUGUAGUUGAGACCUGUGUCUUACGGAGGUCACAAGGGUAUCCUGUAGUAGAGUGGUACUUGCAUGUGACUGGUCCAGUCCUUUUCAAUCCAGGACCUUGUUCUAACCAGGUCUUUUAAACACUUCAUUGAAGUCCAAAGUCUCAGUGCAGCUUCAGCUCUGUAUUUUAAGGUCAUGGUUGGAACAAAAUCCUGGACUAGGUUGCCAGAGCCAGAAGUGAAUACCACUGCUCCAGUCAUUUCUACAUUCGGAAACAAGAAUAACAUUUUUAGAAGUAGUGCUGUACAGUGAUGGUCCACUUUUUUAUAUAAAAGAAAUAAAAAUUGAAUGUUCAAGAGUUGUAUAUUUACAUGCGAAUUAAGAUAUACCUCCGUACACUAGAUCAUUUACUUGUAGAUGUGGCAUACCUUGUAAAUAUGCAAUUCUGAUGGGUGCUACUCCAAAAAUAAAAAAAUAAAAAAAAACUUUCAU